CGCAACUAUUCAGAGCAGUUCAGAGCUGUUAGCUUUUACGUAAAUUUGUUAGGCUUUGGUUUAACACAAUAGUUUACACAGGGUUAUUUGUGUAUUUAAAUUGGUUUGAUCCUGACUUAACAAAGUCCCUCGAUGCCUCGCGACAGCUGUCACUCAACGAGUUGAAUCCGCAAUGAGGGACUUUGACAAGUUACAUAGGGUUUCAUCCAACCUUUGAUCAAGUUUUGAUGAUAACAAAGAUUGAGAUUUACUCGGAGUUGACUUCUUUUUCGCAUUUACUCUUUUCCGCCGCAUUCACUCAAGUCUUCAAAGAAAAAUGACUGAAAACCACUCACAAGACUUCAACACUUCACUCCCGCUCAACUCACCAACCAAUUUCAAUAAUCCAAUGUCUUCAAGUCUACCUAACACUACUUCUCCUACUUCAACUCGCCCGUUAGGAUCCUCAUUUGAUGACAAUAACAUUAGCCCUUCCUCUCGAUUGGCCCCUCAUCACCUGCAAGCACCCACUCCUCAAGAAUCCAAAAGACGCCGCUAUCGUAUACCAAGAAGUUGUGAUCGUUGUCGUAGUAGUAAGAUUAAAUGCGUUUUCGAGGAUGGUCGAUGUGCUGCUUGCGCUGCCUCGGGCGUACCUUGUACUUUCGCAAAUCCUGGUAGUCUCAAGGAGCGCCCUCCUACUCAAAAGGACGUCGAACACCUUCAGGCUCGUAUUCGUUCUCUCGAGCGGCUCAUACAUGCAGUGGCUCCGUCUUUAGACCUCAACAACUUACCAAACGUAGACAAGCUCGACACGCUUCCUCACUUAAACACGCCCGCUCCUAGUUCAAGCAGUGGGGAUCGAGCAAAUGCUACCUCAGACGCUCAACCCUCGUCUCUUCCUCAACAGCUGACCGACUCGAAUAAUGACAAAGCUGAUCCUCCCGUCACUCCAAUCUGGUCUUCUGCUCACUGGUCACAAGUCGAUAAAAACCCAUCCAACGGAAGAUUUGUUGGGAUUACCUUCGAGUCUGCUCACUAUGUCGGAACAAAUGGCGUUUUCAGCCUCCCGGAUUGUGCCGCUACCCAAGCUGGGGCUCACGUACCAAUGACGAGCACUACGUCUGGUGAACUGUCACCAGUAGAUAAGAUCAUUCGCAAUCAAUAUCAACAACGAAUCUUUGCCACUCAGCGGUUUUAUCCUGAACCAGACCUGGAGCACCAUCUGCUGUCUCUCUAUUUCACUCACGUCCAUCUACAAAAUCCUCUUCUGCACCCACCCACCUUUCUUCAGCUUCACGCAUCUGGUCUAGCUCAAACCGAGACGUCGUUCAGGUCAUUGUGUCUAUUUGUAUUUGCUCUGGCCAGUCGUUUUUCAGAUGAUCCUAGGGUUCGUCUUGACAUAGACGGCAGUCAGCAUCCUAGUCCACAAGUAGCUGGAUUGCGUUAUUGUUAUUCUGCGGUUUCUUAUCUUUAUAGGCCGAUAGCCACCCCCGCGACUCUUUUCGAUCUUCAGGCAUAUGUCUUACUCUGUGUGUAUUCGCUUGGUACCGUCAGUCCUAUGUCGACUUGGUCGAUCGCUGGAAUUGGAUUGCAAAGGGCGCAGGAAGUUGGAGCCCAUCGUGAACACAGUCAUAUUUGGAAAACCGAUAAGCUGCGAGAUCAUCUGCGUCGCAAGGCCUUUUUUCACCUCAAUCAACUUGACAACUCGCUCAGUUCAAUUCUUGGAAGAACAGCUUAUAUGCAAGAAGAAGACUAUGAUCUCGCUCCAAUUGAUCCCGAUAUGGACGAGACGUUUGGAACCUUCACUUCUUACGGUCAAGAGGGACCAUUGUCUUCACAGGCAGCCAUCGAUUUGAAUCGAAGCUACAUGGCGUUGGCUACGGGGAGUGCAGGCAAAGCUUCGGUUCUUCCCUUGUUGAACGCUUUUCAUGCCAGGCGUGACAAGGCCGAAGACAGUAACCUUUUAGCCACAGUGAAGCCUCUGGUGAAAAAAAUCGAUGCUGGUCUCAAUUUAUGGUAUUCAAAUCUGCCCAACAAUCUGCGUCAAACACACGUCACUCCAGAUUAUCUGUUGGCCUCGGUGACCGUCUUGACACAAUAUCACCAUCAUCGUCAUAUUGUUCAUCGUGUUUUAUUCGAUUGUUCGACCGAAGAAGAAUCAUCUAUGUCAAUAUGUGUAUCUGCGGCCAGCUCCGUUAUCCACUUGACGCAAAAACUACGCCAACCUAACCUACUACGACACGCCUUUAUCUGGGCACCUAUACGUGUCGCAUCAGCCGCAAUUGUAUUAAUUUGCUCUAUUCGUAAAGAAAGACACACUAUCAGUGAAGCUGAGGCUGAACUACGUCGCCGGGACAUCAACGUCGCGCUUGACAUCUUGAAUGAGCUGGCCCCAAGUACCUACAUGGCUGAAACCUCAGCGAAGGCUACAGAGCGUCUCUUAGCAUUAUUGGGCUUGGUAGAAAAGUCAGAUACCCCGCCUGGACACACCUUUGAUCCUUCACAGAUCACCAAUGCAGCUUUCGACUUUUCACCGAUGAACAUGCUUCCGGGUGAGCCAACGUUUAGUAUGUGGCAUAACGAAUUCUCUGGAGGCCCUUCCCUGAACUUGUGGCCAAAUAAUUCGUCUGGUGGAACACAAUGAUCGCGUUCCGUGCAAUUUUCUACCGCUCUUGUGAAAAGUUGCGAUAUUUUUCUAUUUUCUGUUGGUGAUUGAAUUGGUCAUUUAUUGCUGAAGGGUUCGGUGGUUUCAUUGUUUAUUUUUUCCCUUGACACCGCAAGUGUGUGAACUGUAUUGUACAUUUUCGGUUAGGACUUGAAGGAAAGUUGAGGUUUUAGAUUUUUCAUUUUGAUUUGAGAUUGGACGUGAUCUAUACAAAGCAUAUCUAAGUCCCGGAUCGUUUUUUAAAAAGGAACUGUUUUGGAAAAGCAAGGUAUUGGUGUACUUACUUCUGUUGAUACAGCCAUUACAUAUAGCUUGGCAAGAUGUGUUCAAUGUGUUUGCUUUAGGAUUAGAGAAUCAGGAUGGCAGUUGUAAAAAGAUAAAGAAGUUUCUUUGACAAUGCAUUUCUAAAAUCUCUGU